GAAGGAAGAAGCCUGCUAAGAUUUGGACUGUUGACCGAUACUUUGUGUGAUUGCUUCUCCGGCGUGUGGUGUAAAGCGUUGACAGAGUGCCAUAUAAGACAAAGCGUUGUGAACAUGAAAUCACACAAACUCAAACCUCUUGUCUCUUUCCCCGUUUCGCGUUGUUCCGCGUCCAUUCUCUGAUCAAAUCCCUUCGAAUCAUCGACCAUGCGUGCCUCGUUUGCGCUUUUGCCAGCCCUUGCGGCCAUGACCGUGGCAAGUCGAUGCCGCCCACGGACAACGACGUCGUCUUUGGCAACGUCGACCUUGACGUCAGCGGUUGUUGGCAGCCCAACAAGCUCUGCCGACUUGACUUCCAGCGCUGUCAGUAUCAUUGAGAGCACGACGACCACUACAUCCGAUGAGCCUACAACAACUGAGGCGUCGACUGUGGAGCCCUCUACCACGGAGCCUGCCACGAGUGAUCCACCCACCAUCAGUGAGCUGCCCACCACGAGUGAGCUGCCCACCACGAAGGAGCCAUCCACCACGAGCGAGCCACCCACCACGAGCGAGCCGCCCACCACCAGUGAGCUGCCUACCACCACCGAGGAGCCUACCACAACAUCCGUCGAGAGCACGACCUCGACCGCUCCCAGCUCUGCUCCAACAAUCACGGGCUUCUGCCUGAAAGCCAUCACCCCUGGUGUGAGCAAUGAAGACUACCACAUUCGUGUGCUCUCCCCCAACUCCAACCUAAUCACUGAGGCGCCAACCGGCUCCAAUUUCGGCUUGUUUGAUCUCGACAUAUCCACUGGCAAGCUGAGCAUCAGCGGCGGUACAUGGGCCGGCUAUGAGGUGUACGCGCUCCCACCAUGGGCAAGCCAAAUCCUUCACGUUAUCCGGUUCACGAAUACGCCGGUAGAAUAUCCGUUGCGCUGCUCGACUCCGGAUGGGGUGUACAUGACUGGAUCGGUGUUGAAGUGUGAAGUGUCCGCCCCUUCGGCUGACGGUGUGAUGAGGAGGUAUGCCCUGUGGAAUAACGCCGAUAGCUCACCUGUCGGUCCGUGGCUCAUUAUGCGUGAUGACUAUGUGAGGGCUGGGUCCUAUAACUACGAUUUGGGCAUGUUCUUUGGGGAUGACUGCAGUGCAGUGGGUGGCCAAUGAUGAUGGGCUAGGAGAAACCGUCAAAUGUCGAUGCGGUCUUGUACUGAUAACAUUGAGGUGUCAUUCGCCAUCAUAGUAGUCUUUUUCUUCGUUGUGUACAAUAGGAUUCCUUGACGGGAAUGGCCGGUGCUAGAUACUGCUACGCCGCUGGAGAGGUUGACAUGUGGCCGUAAUCUUGUAGGGUCCUUCGUAGCCUUCGAAUGUGUUCGGGGGACGCCUUGCAGCAACCUCCCACAACGAUGGACUUCCAGUUUCCUCUUUGACGUGCGGCUUCGACAACACUGGCUAGCACUGUUUCCCAGGGGGCCUGUUUGAAAGAAGUGAGUGUUGGUGUGUGAACCAAAGGACCUGUAAACAAUGGUAGAUCACAGCGUACCUCUGUCUCUUUGUGUCCUGGAGACAACUCCCAAGUCUUGGUGGCCGUGUUGUAGACCUCCCC